AUGGAGGAAGGAGAUAACAUUCUUGAUGUUAUAUAUGAUGAUGAUAAUUUAGAUGACGAUGAUGUUGACAUGAUUGAUGUUGAAGAAGGAGAGUUGGUGGAGCCUGAUUCGAAAAAUGUUGUGGGACAAAGUGGUGAUGGAGAUGUCAUUGAAGCAAAUCAAGAAUCUCAUGGUGAGAACUCCAAGUGUGGAGCUAGCAAGAAGAAGAGGAAGAGGAACAAGAAAAAGAGAAAGGGUUUUGGAUCUAAAGUCAUGAAUAUAGACAGAUUUGUGUCAGAUAUCUGUUAUCGCCUGAAAGAGAAAAAGCAAUAUAUGGUAUACACUGCUGCAGGUUGUCUUGGAAUCUCUGCAUUAAGUGAUAUCGUCAAAGAGGUUGAUGCAAUACAAAUCUGUGGAGGCCAAAAGACUGCUGAUGGUAGACGGUUCCGGACUGGGGGUGGCAUAUUGUGGAACAUCAUAAAAGUUCGGGAACCAAAGGCCUACAAAGAGAUCAUGAAAAAAGCAAAAGAGUUUGAGAAGCCAUUCAGGCAGCCAAUUGUUAAGCAACUAAAUGUGCCAAAGCAAGAGGAUUCUUCUCAAGGAGCUACCUUUUCAUUUGCUGGCAGUGAUCAGGGAAAUGUUUCCAACAGUGCAUUUCAUGCAUCAGAAAUACGAAAUCAACAUGAACCAGUUACGUCCAAAGAAAAGUCUAUAUCUGUUCAUGAUAGAUUAAGGAUACCUGUUUCCUACGAUGAUGAUCUGCUUGGAGAGAAUCCAGUCAAUCACGCAACCUAA